GAGAGACAGAAGCACAAUGGUUCCAGUCAGAUGGAUUAAAAUGUCUUUAUUCCUGAUUCUGAUGCUUCAGUUUACAGCAGCUGAGCAACGUUCAUCCUUCACUGUCAGAGUUGGUGAUGACGCUGCUUUGCCUUGUGGGAAUAAUCAGCAUAACUGUGACAGUACGACCUGGAUCUUUAGUAAUAACAUGGGAACAAUACGUCUGUUUGAACAUGGACAGAUUCACAGAGAAGCAGCAACUAAAUCAGACAGACUGAGUGUUGCAGAAAACUGUUCUCUGGUUAUAAAGAAGGUCACAGACGAGGAUGUUGGUCUUUACACCCGCAGACAGUUUGUAUCAGGACAACAACAAGGACCAGACUCUAAGGUUUAUCUGUCUGUUAUUACCAUAUAUGAGCAGAAGAACAAAGAUAAAGUCACUUUGUUCUGCUCUGUGUUGGACGAUGGAAACUGUAAACACACAGUGGAGUGGCUGUAUGAGUGUAAAUCCUCAGGUAUGGUGAUAUCAGCACGUUCCUGCUCUGCUACUCUGACAUUUACACCAUCUCACCUGAGUCAGAAUUCAGACCUUAAGAAGUUCUUAAAGUGUAAAGUGACAGAUGUUUACACUAAGAAAAUGCAGCUGUUUCCCUUCAUCCCUCAGUCCUCAGGUGAGAAAACAGAUAAAAGAUUUACAACAUCAACACAGUCAAUAACCAUAACAAAAAAGUCAGAGACACCAAAAACAUCCACUUCAAGUAAAAACUACAUCAACAGCUCAAUAUCAGUGGACAGCCACACAAACAACAAUCCAUCACAACAAGCAGGUUCAUCGUGGUUGUUUAUUAUUGUUUCUGUGAGUUCAGCAGCUCUCUUAAUCACUCCUGUGAUGAUCAUCAUCAUAUGGAAGAAAACUAAAGGAAGUAAAAAGAAGAAGGAAGAAAACACAGAACUGAGCUUAAACCCUGCAGUGACUCAUUCUGGUCCAGAAAGCCGUCAGGCUGAUCCUGAGGAUGGUGUUUUGUACGCCUCCAUCAGCUUCAUGGAUCAGACCAGACAAAGAGAACAGGUUUCUGACACUGUGACCUACAGCACUGUGAAAGCUUCCUCCUCUUCUACUGGAGCUUCCAUUGAUCCAAACAGCCUCUACUCCACCGUCAACAAACCAAAGAAACUAAAAGUUACGUCUUAAAAUCAAGAUUUCUUUUUCAUAAAUGUUUCAUGAAUGGAUAAUGUUAGAAUAUUAAUGUACAAACACACUGACUAAUGAAAGAUAUUAUAUCAAAGCUUUAUGAGUAUCAGCUUUUAAAUUCUCAUUGUACAAUAACGCCUGAAAGUUUUAGAAUUUAACUCGAGAGAAGAUGAAAUAAACAGGUCGUCUGUCCCAACAUCAUGUCUCUGGAUCUUUUUUUAUUGUUUUUUUUGUUUGUUUUAUAUUAGUUAAUAUUCUAUAAAUUCUUCAUGGAACCAUAUUUCUUG